UUGUAAAUAAAUACAUACACAUACUGUUUCAUUCGCACUUUUCGCAUUUACACUGCAAAUUGCCUACUUUUAAAAAUGGCCGUUCAGCACCAUUCUACAAUUGAAAGUCUACCGUAAAUCUUGUUAUGGUUAUAGAAAAAUUUGUUUUUUUAUUGCACUUGUGAAAUAUUUCGCGAUUAUAUUGAUUGGUUUACAUGGCUUCAGAAAUAAAAUCAGAAAAACUGCAAAAGGAUAUAGCAGAGAGUACUAAUGGAGCAGAAGCAGAACAAAAAUCCACAAUGUCGUUCAAGGACUGGAAAACUUUCAAAGAGGCUCUUUCUAAGCCCGAACGGGAAAACCGAACAACUUCAUCCAAAAAUGCAAAAGAAAGAGGCAGUUAUCAUACAACAGAAAACAAACGGGGUGGUUAUAAUGGAGGAAAUUAUAACGACUUUCGAAAUGGUUACAACAAUGGGGGCGGGUGGAAUCGAGGCUUUAAUAAUGGGCCCAAUUGCAUGCCGCCAAAUUUUUGUGCUCCUAAUUUUCCUGGCCCAAAUUUUUACCAGCCUCCUUCGUACAAUAAUUGUUUUGGUAUGAAUUUCGGGAAUGGAUUUUGUCCUGGUCCUAAUUUCAAAAAUUACAAUCCAAAUCUAAAUAGUCCAUAUCCCAAUAAUUUCUUUGCUAAAGACGGCAUGUAUCGUCAGAGAGACAACAUGCAGAAACCUUUAUCACAUUACAAUCCAUUCCGCAACGGUUGUGUCGGAGAUAAGCAUGCAAACGAAUUAAAUGGUAAUGCCUACACAAAGGGUAAGGGUAGAAAACCUAGAGAUAAAGGGGAUCAAAAAAAUUCUCAAGUAACGAAUUCAUUAAAACAGAAAGAAGCAAAUAAAAUCCCAACUAUCAACGAAGGCGUAUCAAAUAGCGAUUCAACAUUGGCGCCACCGCCACUUCCACCGCCGUCGCUUAUGUCGGAGCCGAAAAUAUAUGUUAAGAAUCCGAGACCAAAUACAAACAAACCAUUUAUUCCCAUGCCUCGUAUGCCUGAGCAAAAUUCGGAUCUGUCUCCUGAAGAGAGAAAGAAACAAUGGAAAGAAUACCGCGAAGCUAUGAAGCCUUUUAAGAAUCGAGAAUUUCACAAUGCCAAACGUCGAGUUCAACGAUUGAGUAAAAAACAUCCUUCAGAGUUAGAUGAAAAAGAAAAAGCAGUUCUUGCUAAAGCGCAAGAAACAAUGGCUGCACAUAAAUUGCGACUGUCGCAGAAAUAUAGCCCUUACAUACGCUCAACUGAAAGUCAACCGGAUCAGUUAGGUGAAGUGUAUGUUUUAAAGCAAAAAACACUUAAGUAUUGGGAUUCAACUAAGCCAACACCAGAGCGCUACGAUAAUUAUGGUAACUUUGGCGAAAAUGUCACUCCGACCACUUACGGCUCGGGCAGAAUUAUAACCGGAGGUCAUGGCAAGUUCCAAAGUUUCGUGCCUGGAGGUGUAUUGGAAGGGACUAUACCUCCUGCGGCACAUCAAAAUUAAUCAUAUAUUAUCUACGGCGGUGCACUUUAUUACUAAAUAUAGCGAAAGAGAAAAUUACAUAUAAUGUAACAGUAAUAGUUGCAAAGUCAUUAU